AUGGGCCGACCACCAAAGGCUAAAGCGUCCGUGUCUCCAAAAAAGUCAAAGAGUCCUGCCAAGAAGCAGAAGCGAUCAAAGAAAGUUUCCAUGAUGGUAAGAUUUAAACAAUUGUUCCUUAACCAUCUCUAUUUUCAUGACCCCAAUGCACCUAAACGUGGUAAAUCUGCAUAUAUGUUUUGGUUGGCCGACAAUCGACCGCGUUUAACAAAGCCAGGAAUGUCAGUGGUUGACGUCACCAAAGCUGCUGGAGAGGAAUGGAAGACGGUCAGCGCACAAGAGAAAGCGAAGUAUGAAAAGAUGGCUGCUGAAGACAAGAAACGUUACGAGAAGGAGAUAAAAGUCUAUAAGGCUGGAGGCGGAACUUCGAAAGAAUCGCCAAAGAAGGCUAAGGGAAAGAGCAAGAAAUAA